AUGCGGAGAUCUCCUCCAAACAACAUGCAUGUGUCUCAUCGAGUUGGAACUCAACAUGCUCAGGUGCAACGUCUUCUCCCUCCACCGUCUCCGCAUGUUCUAAAGUAUCAGAUCUUGCCUGCUGAAUCAGCAUACUACUCAAAAUCAUGGAUUUCGACCACAACUGAACUAUCAUUCUGCUACUGGGUUUCCGGGGGCUGGGGUCAGGCUGCACCGUGCUUUCCAGCUCUGAAUCUGAGUGGCAUGGAGGGUUCUAAAAACCAGAUACCUCAAAAUCAAACAGGUGAUGAGGCAACCAACGGUGUGAAUGAUGUGAAGCAUGAUGUUGAAAUACCUACACCUAAGUCUAAGCAUGAGCUUAAAGGCAAGCGCCUGAUGGAAGAGGGAGUUAGUUUUGAGAGCAAGACUCGUGGUCUUGGAAUUGUGGGAUUCACCUAUCAUGGAUUUUCCAUAGAUGGUGGAUCAUCUUUGAAAUAA